UGCAAAUUUAGCAACAAAAUUUUAAGAUCCAAGAAUUGUGGGUUUGUCUCGUUGCUGAGUCAGGCAGUUUCAAUUUGUCAUCUUCAAGCGCGCCUGGAGCUCAAACUUUAUGACCCUUUGCUUGGUGGGUAGGCUUCAAAUCUCAUGCCCUCUGAUCUGGAAAGUGUUUCAUGGUUAGCUUUUACCAUUUCUGGUUGUGGGUACUGAUAGUUCGAGGUGGUUUCAAACGAUUCAAGGCAAUCUUGUGAGAUGUAAUGCUAAAAAUACCGAAAUUUAUCUUGUUUGAUCUAGACUUAAAUCGCCGUGUUGGGUUAUAACAUUUACCAUAGGAAGUAGAUUUAUAUGGUAUCUUGAGUUUUCUUGCUUUGAUAUCAAUGGCUGCGGGCUGUGCUGUGUUCACUGCCAUUUAAUUAUUAUGGUUAAAGUAGGUGGAAGUUUUCCUUCUUUCCCGUUGACCAGCAUUUUGAUUGGGUUUGCUCAACAUUCUGCUCGUGCUCGUAGUUGAUUUAUUUAUAGAUAUAGUAUACAUAUGAACCCUUAGUCUCUAAACCACUUCCUUUAUCAGGUUUGAUUAGCAGAAUUUGGCUGUUAAUCUGCUGUUGUUGCUGCUACAUAUUUCUUGUCAAGUAUUGCAGAUAUAGAACUUCCCUGCUAAAAGAUAUCUGCUUAGAUCUUUGUUUGAGACUAUAGUAAACAUGGUUCAGACGCUAGAAGCUAUCAAGGGUGGUGGAGGAUCCAUCAGGGUCGGUACCAUGGGAUCUAUUAGUUCCCUGAUGGCGAGGGAACUGGAUUCUAUUAAAUCUGCACCUCGGAUGUCCUUAUCUUCCCGGACCAAACCUCAGUCAGUACCUGCUUCAGUUCCCUGUGGUGCUACAACUCCUAAAAGACUACAGCCAAGAAAAUCAUCUGAUGAGCCAAGCAGCAGCUACAUUGAUCAUAGAAGCAUUGAUAUUACCAGGAAAACAAACGGCUACACUAGAAAUACCCAUCGAAUACCAAUGCUCAUCUCUGAUAGUAUUACUCUUGAUAGAAUUCCUAGUAGGGGAAAAACUGACAAGAAAGCAUCUAAGAUAGUUGAAAUUGUGGAUAUAAAAUGUGGGAACCAGGAUAGAGCAUGGGCUAGCCCCAUAACAAAUCGUCUCAAGAAGCUGGGAUUCUCAAAGCUAUCUGAGAGCAUUAUCUAAGCCUGCAACUUCUUCAGAUCUGAUUUAAGGUUCCUGUAGCUGAAACCAGAACUUCCAACUGGUCGAUUGCUGUCUGAAAUUUCCACCAUAGAACAUAUACUUGGUAUGAGCCUGCUGCGUUUCUUUUUCUUCUUUUGCGUUGCUAUGUCAGAUCCAAAAGUGGUUCUGGAAUGACUACUAGAGGAGGCCAUGGUUGUUAUGUGGAACUGAGGCUCCUGUGAGCUACCUUGGCAGCUUAAUUCAAGCCGGCUGAAGUACUCAAUUUCUUUCAUUAUCAGGGCUCCGAUGGUGCCUCUAGCACCUAUUUCUACAGGAUUAUGUACCGUCAUUUCUUGAUCAGGGACCUUCAUGGCCUUGGUGCUGGAUUGACGCAUGUUUUGUUUAAUUUGUGCGAAGGAGGCUUGUGGAUGAAGGGAGGUGGGUUUGGGUCUCGUCUCGGUGGGGAAGUUUUGAGUCUGAGUCAUUUGGUUUUGCAUUUUUACCUGGUGAUUUAUGAUUCACACGAACUCUUUAGCUUAUGUUCUUCAUCUUAAAUAAAAGAUCAGCAGAUUUUCCCUGA